GAGAGCGUGAGCUGCCUUAAAUGCUUGGAAUAAUUCCGCUUCCGUUUGGAGAGCCGCAGCCUCAGUCCUGAGCGCCCGCCCAGCACCAGCUCCGCGUCCCCGACCGGUCCGCGGCUGUCCGCUCCACUGCCAUGGCCACCUCCCCGCAAAAGUCGCCCUCUGUCCCCAAAUCCCCUACUCCUAAGUCACCCCCGUCCCGGAAGAAAGAUGACUCCUUCUUGGGGAAACUCGGAGGGACUCUGGCCCGGAGGAAGAAAGCCAAAGAGGUGUCGGAGCUGCAGGAGGAGGGCAUGAACGCCAUCAACCUGCCCCUCAGCCCGAUCCCCUUUGAGCUGGACCCCGAGGACACGAUGCUGGAGGAGAACGAAGUGCGAACGAUGGUGGAUCCCAACUCACGCAGCGACCCCAAACUUCAAGAACUGAUGAAGGUAUUAAUUGACUGGAUUAAUGAUGUGCUGGUUGGAGAAAGGAUCAUUGUGAAGGACCUGGCUGAAGAUUUGUAUGAUGGACAAGUCCUGCAGAAGCUGUUUGAGAAACUUGAGAGCGAGAAGCUGAAUGUUGCUGAGGUCACCCAGUCAGAGAUCGCUCAGAAGCAAAAGCUGCAGACUGUCCUGGAGAAGAUCAAUGAAACGCUGAAACUUCCUCCCAGAAGCAUCAAGUGGAAUGUGGACUCUGUUCAUGCCAAGAGCCUGGUAGCCAUCCUGCAUCUGCUGGUUGCUCUAUCCCAGUAUUUCAGGGCACCAAUCCGACUCCCAGACCAUGUUUCCAUCCAAGUGGUCGUGGUCCAGAAACGAGAAGGAAUCCUCCAGUCUCGGCAAAUCCAAGAGGAAAUAACUGGUAACACAGAGGCUCUUUCUGGAAGGCAUGAACGUGAUGCCUUUGACACUUUGUUCGAUCAUGCACCAGAUAAGCUCAACGUGGUGAAAAAGACUCUCAUCACUUUUGUGAACAAACACCUGAAUAAGCUGAACCUGGAGGUCACAGAACUGGAAACCCAGUUUGCAGAUGGGGUGUACCUGGUGCUGCUCAUGGGGCUCCUGGAGGGCUACUUUGUGCCACUGCACAGCUUCUUCCUGACCCCAGACAGCUUUGAACAGAAGGUCUUAAACGUCUCCUUUGCCUUUGAGCUCAUGCAAGACGGAGGGUUGGAAAAGCCAAAACCACGGCCAGAAGACAUUGUCAACUGUGACCUGAAAUCCACACUACGAGUGUUGUACAACCUCUUUACCAAGUACCGGAAUGUGGAGUGACGGGCAGACGGGACUGCCCUCCAAACCACCUUGACCUGCUUAUUCCUGUCUUCUGCUCUGUGCUCUCCCACAAGUCCAGCUACACCCCAGAGACAGCGGGAACUGAAUUAGAAAGGAAGUGAUCAGUAACUCUGCGGGCCGACCUGCACCUCUCAUGCCCUAGGGUCUGGCCCAGCAAUGGCCCAGGAAGAUUGUCCCCGUCCUGGUGCCGGGCCCUUGUUGUGAUUUGGGAACCAGCUUAGGCCCAAGACACCCCCACAGAAGAUGAAAAUAAAGAUAAUAGUUGCCAUUUAAUGGGUGUAAACUAUGUGCCAGACACCACGCUAAGUGCUCUGAUGUACGCAAGCUCAUUAGUCCUCAUGACUUCUGUUAAAGCAGGUAUUAUGCUCCCCUUUUACAGAUGAGGCCCAGAGAGGUAAAGUGACUUGCCAGAAGUUGGCAUUUGCUUUUCCUCUUUGAACAACAUAUUUGUUAGUAACUAGCCAAUGACAUCACAUUCUCUGCAUGUCCUAUAGUUGUGUAUGUGUGCAUCUGCACCCACAAAAAAGACAGGAGCCCCCUGACCUCAUGCAGGGCAGAUCAAGGCUUAAUGAGUCACACUAAAAUUGGCGAAUCAAAUUUAACCCAGUUAAUAGUGUGUGUGUGGCAGGAGUCAUGUCUCUCAACUCCUUUGUACAAAUGAAAAUUACUCUUAAUUCCUUCAGAUUUGUAAUAACCCCAUGCUCUGGUUUCAGGGUGACAUUUGGGAAGGAUUCUUUUAAAAUUAAUGGAGUGGCACAUUUUACAGCUUUUUUUGCUUGAUUGCAUGUAAUGGAAAUGCCCUAUAUUUUCCUGCAAAAUAAGCACUCAAUUCAUUAUCAUUAGGCAAAUGUACAAUAUCCUCCAGCACCGCAGACAGCUGGGCGCAGGCCCAUGUGAGCAAGCCUGGCUUGGGAAGUAGGGCUCUUCACCAGGGACCCUUGAACUUUAAAGAAAGGAACUCCUUUUUGCCUUCUAAUUGAUCAUUUAGACCAUUUCUGGCUAAGUCUGCCCACAUGCAAUUACCCGCUAAUUCAGGCGAGGAAAAAUGUAAAUCAUUCAGACCCUAGCUGAGUGGUUUCCUUGCGUGGGCUACUUGCGGGCUUGUGGUGACUUGUAUCCCUGCUCUGUGAACCCAACUUGGAAAAACAAGGCUCUGGGUGUCCCAGGCCGCUGGAUCUUGUGUGAAUAGGAAAGGGGCUAAAGUAGAGGUGACUAGGAGGACAAGAAGCACAGGGAAAAUAAUUGCACACUUAAUAAGGAAAUACCCUCAGGCAGAGGGACAGGGCCUGUGGGGUUCACAGACUUCGUAAACUGACCAAGGCCUUGGGAUAACUGAUGACUCUUACUGGUGUAUCUUCAUUAUAGAACCUCCCCAAAUAUGCCAGAUGGACACAGCCUGUGUACCCGCCUCCAGAAGUCUGUGCAGGAUUCGUCACUGCUUUAGGCCCGCUGCACAAAGCCCACGUCAAGUCUGAGGAAUUCAUUUUGAGCUCUCUCUGCAUCACCCAGAGUUAGGCCGCCCAUAUUGUCCAAAACAUUCCCUUCCAGCUUCUAAACACUUCUUUCUCUACCCUCCAUCUGCAGUAACUCAGAACCCAUGAAAUUUAGAGAUACCACAUAUUUCUUUGGAAAUUUUGCCCUAAGAAAGAACUGUUACUCAGCAUAAUGAGCAUUUAAGAUAUAAAAACGAUGUACUCUUAUGUCAAUUUAUGGAAAAGGAUAUGGUUAUUUUUUACACAAUUAAUGAAACGUAUGUUUUUCAUCAGGAAAACACCAAAUAGUGUAAUAUUUGUUUGCUCUCUUUUAAAUUCCUGACAGUAAAUCAAGAUACGCCAUUGCUUUGUCUCCUUGAGCAAUACUAAAGAGGGAUGAAAUAAGAGCAAUGCGUACAUUUAAACGUGCUUUCCUAUGCUAAUUUUCUCUCGUUUUGUCUUUAUUUCCCCCCAAGUGUACAGUGUAACAAGCGCCCUUAUUAAGAGCACUCCUUUUUGUAUUUUACAUAUACAUGGUAUGAAAACACCUCAGAACACUUGGGAAGUUUAAUAACAGGCUUAAUUUAUCAUAGCAUUGUUUCAAGACUGAGGCCUUAGCCUCAGUCCAGAAUCCUAGAACCUGGGCCUGCUUUUAUCAGCCUGUCUUCUCGUUUAGAGGUUUUCCUUUAGAUUCUCCUGCUCAAUACACAAGCAUGGUUUGAAGGGGGAAGAGGCAUCAGAACAAUAAAUAAACCAAACUUAACCCUCAUCUCUUCCCCCUCCCCACCAAUCCCCCCCACCCUUCCCAUCCCUACCUCCUACCCUUGAUCCUACCCUCUUUGGCUUUAUUCAGGUCUCUUUAAAAAAAACAAAACCCUGAUUAGGUUGCUCAGUUGGUUAUAGUAUCAUCCCCAAAUGCCAAGAUUGUAGGUUCGAUGUCCAGUAAAGGCACAUACAAGAAGCAACCAGUAAAUGCAUAAAUAAAUGGAACAACAAAUCGAUGUUUUUCUCCCCCUUUCUCU